AUGAAGUUCCUUAGUCCUUUGUUGGGUCUUGCAACUGCCGCCACCUUGUUCCUUGGAAGUAGCCCCGUGUUCGCCGUCCCUGUGGAAUCAAGCGAAAUCUCUAAUGGAAAUGUUCAAGAUACCACGGCCUUCAACAAGCUCGUUCGUAGGGAAGAAGACAUUUGCUGUGACAUUGAUAGCAACAUGGAAUGCCAUGGCAACUUGUGCGUUGACCAAAAGGUGACCUUUAAAGCCAACUGUCAAGAUGGAUCCGGAAGAGUAGAGAAGAUCACUGGCCACUAUGAUGAAACCUAUGGAGGUUGUAUUGCAGGAUGCGACACCUACUACAUGUCCGCUGAAGGCAACAUGGGAUUGCAGAUGGUGAAAGGCGACAUGAAGUUCUCUGUUAAAAACGUUCGACGAGAAUGUCACUUGAACAACAGCAGGGAUAUGAUUGGAAUGCAAAGCGUUUGCUGCAACUAUUGA